GGAGGGCGAGGCAGAGGCGGCCAGGCCCGCGCCCUCCGGGCUGCGCCGCAGGAGAGACCCCGGCAGGCGGACGCUGGCUGCAGGGAGGCAGGCAAGCACCCGGGAGGACGCACCCUCGCCCGCCGGGCUCCCUUCGCCCCCGCGUGGGGAGGCAGGAAGGGAGGCCCGGCACAGGUACGCACGCUGAGAGGGGACUGCGGGGGGCGGCUGGAGGCCGAGGGCCGAGGGCGGGGAGUGGCGGCGAAGGACAGCUAGCCUGACCUCGCGGCCCGCCAAAGGACAAGCGGCCAGGGGACCUGGCCUCCCUGGGCCUCUGCCCAGUCCUAUCCGGCCUGGCCCGGCCCGCAUCUGUGGUCAAGGGCAGGAGCAGGGGGGUGUGGACUGCGGGCCGGCGGGCGCGGGCGCGGGCGCGGUGGGCAGGCGGCAUGCUGGGGCUUUCUGCGCGCAACUUUGGGUACAACAGCGUGGACCUGCGUGUGCGUAUCUGCGCGCCCCAAGGCUUUGUGUACAACUCGUGCAUGUGUCUAUCGACUGGGUUUUGUGAAGCUUCAUCCACAGCCACUCUGCCAAGGGGCCAAGGGAUGAGCUGGGGCCCUCCUUCCCAAUGGCAUCUCCCCCUGGUCUGGAACUGAAGACACUGAGCAAUGGUCCCCAAGCCCCAAGGAGAUCAGCUCCCCUGGGACCAGUGGCCCCAUCCAGGGAGGGUGUGGAGAAUGCCUGCUUCUCCUCAGAGGAGCACGAGACCCAUUUCCAGAACCCCAGGAACACAAGACUGGGCAGCUCACCCAGUCCCCCUGGGGGUGUCCCCUCAUUGCCCCGAUCCCAGCGGGAUGAUCUGUCCCUGCAUUCAGAGGAGGGGCCAGGCCUGGAACCCGUGAGCCGCCCGGUGGAUUAUGGCUUUGUUUCCGCCCUGGUUUUCCUGGUGAGUGGGAUUCUCCUGGUGGUGACAGCAUACGCCAUCCCCCGUGAGGCUCGAGUCAAUCCGGACACAGUGACAGCACGGGAGAUGGAACGACUAGAGAUGUACUACGCCCGCCUAGGCUCCCACCUGGACAAGUGCAUCAUCGCAGGCCUGGGGCUGCUCACAGUGGGCGGCAUGCUCUUGUCAGUGCUGCUUAUGGUCUCCCUGUGCAAGGGCGAGCUGUACCGCCGGAGGACCUUCGUCCCUGGCAGGGGCUCCAGGAAGACCUAUGGCUCCAUUAACCUGCGCAUGAGACAGCUCAAUGGGGAUGGGGGCCAGGCCCUGGUGGAGAAUGAAGUCGUCCAGGUCCCAGAGACUAGCCAUACCCUCCAGCGGUCUUAAGUACGAGCCCACCUUAUCUGGCUGCUUUUGCUCCAGUGCUACAAGGUCCCCCACCAUCCCCACCAAGGCCUGGGGUUUCAAACUGAGCUCACAUAGGGCCCUGUGGAAGAAGUACUGGGUGCUGAAGGGAGAGCUCAGGGCCCAGCCCAGGCCCCACACAGGCCAGCAGCCCACUGAUCUGUUUUGUAGCUGCAGUUUUGCAUACGGUUUUGUUUGGAGGAUGGCUUCUGCUGCUAAAAAUACAAACGUUUGGAAACGCUG